UCCUAUUAUUUUGAAAAGCAAAAGUUGUGUGAGUGUCGAGCAUUUUCCAUGAACAUGUUGAGAGCAAACAAAAAAACACAUAAUUAGUCACACAAAGAGAGAGAAGCUCUAUAUAUUGUAGGGUACUAGAUAUUCAGUUCUAGAAGUGAAGACUAAUUAUACUUGAAACAAAUGGGUGGCUCCCUAUUUUCUCUUCACAUUAUGGUUUCAUUAUUUUUCUUUUUCAUGUUCUUGUUGGAAGCCGUCCAUGGAACCAAAAAGUGUUAUAUUGUAUACUUGGGAGCACAUUCUCAUGGUCCCCGCCCUACAUCUUUUGAACUUGAAAUUGCUACCAAUUCUCAUUAUGAUUUACUAAGUUCAACCCUUGGAAGCUUGGAGAAAGCGAAAAGAGCAAUGAUCUACUCAUAUAACAAACACAUCAACGGCUUUUCUGCGUUACUUGAAGAGGAAGAAGCUGCAGAUAUUGCAAAAAAUCGAAAUGUAGUGUCCGUGUUCUUGAGCAAAUCUCACAAACUGCAAACUACACGUUCAUGGGAAUUUCUUGGACUGCACAGAAAUGGUAAGAACACUGCAUGGCAAAAGGGGAGAUUUGGUGAAAAUUCAAUUAUCGCAAACAUUGACACGGGUGUUUGGCCAGAAUCGAAGAGCUUCAGCGACAAAGGAUAUGGCCCAAUCCCAUCAAAAUGGCGUGGGGGAAAAGCAUGUCAAAUUAGACAAUUCGGCAAAUUGAAGAAAAAUCCUUGCAACAGGAAGCUAAUUGGAGCAAGAUUCUUCAGCAAUGCUUUUGAAGCAUAUUAUGGCAAGCUUCAGCCAUCACUACUUACAGCACGCGACUUUGUAGGCCACGGUACUCACACUCUAUCAACAGCUGGUGGAAACUUUGUUCCAGGUGCAAGCAUUUUUGGCAUUGGCAAUGGCACUGUUAAAGGAGGUUCACCAAGAGCUAGAGUUGCAACCUACAAAGUGUGUUGGUCUCUAACAGAUGUUGCAGACUGUUUUGGUGCUGAUGUAUUAGCUGCUAUUGACCAAGCCAUUAGUGAUGGUGUUGAUAUUAUAUCACUUUCAGCUGCAGGCCAAUAUCUUGUUCGACCAGAAGAUAUUUUUACCGACGAGGUUUCAAUAGGUGCAUUUCAUGCACUUUCUAGAAAUAUAUUGUUAGUUGCUUCUGCAGGGAAUGACGGACCAACACUGGGAAGCGUUGUGAAUGUAGCUCCAUGGGUAUUCACAAUUGCUGCUAGUACAUUAGACAGAGACUUCAGCAGUACUGUAACUUUUGGUAACAAUCAACAAAUUACGGGAGCCAGUCUUUUUGUAAACUUGCCACCAAACCAGGCCUUUUCUUUAAUUCUUUCUACAGAUGCUAAAUUUGCCAAUGCAAGCACUCGAGAUGCCCUACUUUGUAGACCCGGAACACUAGAUCCUUCAAAAGUGAAGGGGAAAAUCGUGUCAUGCCUACGAGAAGGAAAUAUAAAGUCAGUUGCUGAGGGUCAGGAGGCUAAAUCUGCAGGCUCAAAGGGACUGCUUUUGGGCAAUCGGCGACCACAAGGGAGAACAACACUUUCUGAACCUCAUGUUUUGUCUUGUGUGAGUCACGCAUGGGAGGAAAAACCUAAGAAGACUCCUGCUGCACCAGAACGUUCAGGGUCACAUGCACCAAUUUCCGACAUAACUUCCAUGGACUCUAAAAUAACUUCGGGUACUACAAUAAGGUUUUCAAGACCAAAAACAUUCUAUGGAAGAAAACCAGCUCCAGUAAUGGCUUCAUUCUCAUCUAGAGGACCGAAUAAGAUUCAGCCAUCAAUACUCAAGCCUGAUGUAACUGCACCAGGUGUCAACAUACUUGCUGCCUAUUCACUAUUUGCAAGUGCAUCCAACUUACUAUCAGACAACCGUCGAGGUUUUCCAUUCAAUGUACUACAAGGAACUUCUAUGUCUUGCCCUCAUGUUGCUGGCAUUGCAGGACUUAUCAAAACACUGCAUCCUAAUUGGAGUCCGGCAGCUAUUAAAUCAGCUAUCAUGACCACUGCAACCACACAAGAUAACACAAACCGGCCAAUUCAGGAUGCAUCUGAAAAAACACUAGCAACUCCGUUUGCUUAUGGUGCAGGGCAUGUUCAGCCCAACCUUGCAAUAGAUCCUGGACUUGUUUACGAUUUAGGCCUUAAGGAUUACUUGAACUUUCUAUGUGCUUACGGAUAUAACCAACAACUCAUUUCCGCACUUAAUUUCAACGGUACAUUUAUUUGCUCGGGAUCUCACAGCAUAACAGACUUGAACUACCCUUCAAUCACAUUACCAAAUCUUGGGUUAAAUGUCGUUAAUGUCACUCGCACAGUUACCAAUGUUGGGCCACCAAGCACAUACAUAGCAAAAGCCCAAUUGCCUGGAUAUAAAAUUGUGGUUGUACCAAACUCCUUGAGUUUCAAGAAAACUGGUGAAAAGAAGACAUUCCAAGUUAUUGUGCAGGCAACAAGUGUGACUCCAAGGAGGAAAUACCAAUUUGGGGAUUUGCAAUGGACAGAUGGAAAACACAUUGUUAGGAGUCCUAUCACAGUUCAGCGCAAAUAAACAAUCUCUUCCAAACCUGUUCUAAACUUGUUCUGUCAGAUAUUACAAUGUGGGAUACACAUGCAGAUGUAUUUGUGUAUUAGGAUUUCAUGUUAUCUUCAAUAGGCUGUGUGCCUUUUGUUAUUUUGUCCUUCUUUGAUUGUCUAUGAUUUGUAAUGUAGUGUGUUUUGUAAUCAUCAUUAUGAAUAAAUGGCAGUGCAACAUCUUUAUCUUAUCUUCUU